AUGAACUCUAACAACAAUAAUGAACAUCAUAACAAUGCUAAGAAGACCAACUCAAACGGCAUGUUUAACUAGGCCACUACAAAUCACGAUGGGCCGAAAAGAAUUGGAUCUAGUGAUAGACCAAGUCCAAGAUUCAACGGAGUUUAGAAUGAAAAGCCAAGGACUGGUCUUGGGAGUAAGAAAAAUGACAGAAGUCAGAAUAAUGCAGUCAAUAACCCAGAGGAGAAAAUAAGGAAUAUCGUUAAGAUACCACAGAGACAGGUUGUGGCUGACUAGUCUCACUACAAUUCUGAGCAAUAUAUGGGAAUGAUGCAGAACACUAAAGUUCUGCCAGGGGCAGCUAUUAAGAGAAAUCAAAGAUUUCUGAGCACAGACAAAACCAUGAUAAAAAGUCAUAUCUCAUAGCACUAAGCACCUUAGAGUAACAUGGUUCCGAUUGAAAUCGGUCACUAAAGGUAAAAAAGUGAUAAUAGAGGAAUUGGGGGAGUCUAAACUGAGUAAGGUGGCUAGAUGGGAGAUGACUCUGAGGAUCUUAUGGGCCAUAACUAUUAGUAGCAGAAACAUCUGAAUACUUUCACUACUCCUGAAGAUGAAAAGGAAGACUUAUCAUAAAUCAUAAAAUUUGGAAAAACUUAGUUCUCAGACUACACCAAAGUAAGUGUCUUGGGUAGAGGAACCUACGGUGAGGUGACUAGGUGCAUCCACAUUUAGAGUGGACUUGAAGUCGCAAUCAAAACCUUCUUCUUCGAUAAUGUUCAGAAUGGUAUCAAUUACUCCACUAUGAGAGAAAUCAGCUUGCUUAAAAGUUUGAGUCAGUACCCACAAUUUGUUAAGAUGCUUGAUGUUAUCAAGGAUGACAAUCACAAAGAUAAGAUCAUUCACUGUGUGUUUGAGUACUGUCUGACAACUCUCGGCAAGUUCUUAGCCAAAUAAAAGCUUAUGGGCAAGCCAUUUUCACUUGAGAGGAUUCAAGAUAUGAUGAAGGGUCUCCUAAUUGCCAUUGACAUCAUGCAUGGAAAAAUGAUCUUGCACAGAGAUAUUAAACCUGAUAAUAUUCUGAUGGAUAACAAAUGCAAUUUAAAACUAGCUGAUUUUGGAUUGGCUAAAAAGGCUUCAUUCAUGCAAAGAAGAAAAUCCAAUACAAUUGUCUCUCUUUGGUAUCGUGCUCCUGAGAUUGUACUCGGAUCUGAAGAUUAUCUUCUUGGAGUGGAUAUGUGGUCAAUCGGCUGUAUUUUUGCAGAAUUCUUCACAUUGGUACCGGUUUUUCAGUGUAAAAAUGAGGAGGAAGCCUUGAACAGAGCAUUCAAGAUACUCGGUUCCCCUUCAGAGACUCAUUCCCCGCAUCUUCUUAAACUCAAGAAGUUCAGCUAAAUAAAUUUACCCAAAUAUUCUGUACCUUAGAGCUUAGCUUAAAGCUUCCCAAUGAUAGAGAAUCAAAAUGCCCUUGACUUACUCUCAAAACUUAUUGCUCUGGAUCCUAGACACAGAAUUUCUGCUAAAGAGGCAUUGAGACAUGAUUUCUUCUUGCCAAUUAGUAAGAAAUAAGAGAUUUAAGACUUUAAAACUAAGAUAACUCAUCAGAAUCGACAGCAAGUUACUCCUAACACUCAUUAGAAUUUUCAUUUAUGA